AUGACCGUUGACAAUAGAGACGACGCCUUCACAGGGCUCAUGAAGAGCCUCAAUAUAGACGUCAACGAUUACAACCACGCAGAACUCGCAAGGCUCGACUACCCCAGGUUGGCUCAAGUGAAGGAGGAAGUGGAGCUUCAGCUCACGUCUCUUUUCGAUACCCUCAAGCACCGGUGCAAUUGCGACAUGGACUCGCCGCUUGUGGUCGAUGGGUUCCCUCGAAGCGACGUUGACGUGGUCACCGUGAGGCUAGUUCGUACAAAGAUCAUAAGAUUGAGGAACGACCACAAGUGUAUAUUAGGGCUUCUCGAGAAGCACUUGACGAGGCAGCUUCGGAGUGGUGAUGGAAAUGCCCUCACAGAGACUCGGGCUGAGGAAGCUGCUCCACGUGUCACUUACAACAUCCCGUUUGCCCUAGUGAAAAGCGUGGCUGCAAGCAGUCCGGCUGAGAAGAGUGGACUACGAGAAAACGAUAAGAUCCUCGUGUUCGGUGAUGAUGUGCAUGCUGGGAACCACGACAAGUUGCAGGCUGUGGGCAACAAGGUGAAGGGCAACGUUGGGAAGGAGAUCUGUGUGAGUGUGCUUCGAGGACAGCACAAGCACACAUUGGUGUUGGUGCCCACACCAGACUGGCCAGGUCAGGGGCUCCUAGGGUGCCAUAUUGUACCAUAUUGA